UGCAAAAGAGCACUGGGUGAGUUCCAAGAGAGGACAGCACAGGCUGGGAAGCAGCAGAACUUUAUAUUUUAUUUCAGUGUGAGGAGGGGUCUGGGAAUGUCAUCCUAAGAAUACUUUGAUCAGGUCAUGGUGGUCCCGCGGUCCACCCCUCAGAUGUAGACAUAGCCAAGCGUUGUUUGAAGAGUGCCAUUCUUUGACAGAGUCCAGAAUCUGUACAGUUGCUAGAAACAAUCCCUCCAGGCAAAAGUAAUAAGUGUGUAGGAUUAGCUGGGGUCAGUGGCCAAGGGAGUCCGGAUAAAGAAUAUAUGUCUGCAUUUGAAAGAAACUUCAAAUUCUACUGAGCUGGGGGUAGAAUUUAUGUCCUUCAAGACAUGUCAAGAGGUUAGAACUUCUAACGUUUGCGUACGGAGCGUGCACGCUGAAAAGCUACUGGUAUACUACAGACUCAUCAUUCAGCUUCAAUACGGCCUUAAAGGACAUAACAUAAAAUAACCAUGGCUCCCCAAUAGUUAGGGACCAGUUUUAAAACAUCAGAUCCUGCUCUUCUUGUCAGAGAAACGUCACAUUCUUUGUUCUGGCCCGACCGCGCAGAGGGUUGUGGGAAAUGUAGUCUAAUCCCCAACAACGACGUCUCUCAGGAACAGGAAAUAACUUUGCGGCUCUCUUUUACGCACGCGUAGUCCCGCCUUACGCCAUUUUCUCCCGGAAGUUCCUGGCCCUGCCCCGCCCAGUAGCUCCUCGGCCCUCUGAGGUGCUUCGGUCUCCGUCCCCGGAGGGUGGUAGGAGGACGGAAGAGCAGCCCUGAUCCUGGGGAACGGGACAGCUAAUAAGUGAAGUAUUUUGAGGAGGAGGAUAAUCUAGGUCCACGCCUGCCUCGCACAACUGUCUUACAUUUGACUUCUCUCAGCUAUGCCUCCAGAGUCCUCUGUGUGUUUCAAAGAGCGACAAAAAAUGAAUAAAUCUCCGGUGUUGGUGUCAUUUGAGGAUGUGGUUGUGGACUUCACCUGUGAGGAAUGGCAGGACCUGGAUGAUGCUCAGAGGACCCUGUACAGGGAUGUGAUGCUGGAGACCUACCGCAGCCUAGAGUUAUUGGGCCAUUGCAUCACUAAACCUGCAGUGAUCUUUAAACUGGAGCAAGGAGCAGAGCCAUGGAUGGGAGAAGAAUCUCCAAAUUUAAGCCCCCCAGAUGUCCAGAAAGCAGAUGACAUAAUUGAGACCAGCCACCAAAGUGGAGAUAGACAUAUGUGGCAAGUUGUAAUCACCACCAAGAACACAUCAUCUGAAAACCAAGUUGAAUUAAGAAAUACUUUUAAUUUGAGCUCUAGUCAUAUUUCAGAUUUGAUUAUAAAUAAUGCAAACUAUUCAGUAUUGAAACCUGAAGAAAAUGUUUGUCAGAACACACAUAGCCCCAGUGAGCCUGGUGAGAUGGAUACUGGAGAGAAAUCUCAUUUGUGUACUAUAACUGGAAAAUCCCUGAGGUAUCCUGAGCAUUUUGGUCAGCAUCCCAAAAAUCCAGCCAGGCGACAGAAUUUUCAAUCUAGUGGACAAUGGAAAGCCUUCACCAACGAGGCAACAUUAUUGAAAGAAUGCAUUACAUAUAAGAGGGUUCCUGUGGGGCAGGCCUGCUGGGAGCAUAAUGAAUCUGGGAAAGCCUGUGAGAAGUCCGCUGUCAUUGCUAAGGUAGGGAGGAAAACUCUUUAUAAAAACUGUGAUCUCAUUACACAUCAGACACACAUGGAGGAGAAAUGCUGUGAAUGUGGGGAGUGUCAGAAAAACUUCAUUACUAAAUUAGACCUUCUAAUACAUCAGAAGAAACAUUCAGCAAAAAAACCUUAUGCAUGUAACCAGUGUGAAAAAUCCUUCAGCUACAAGUCAGACCUUAUUGUGCAUGAGAGAAUUCAUACAGGGGAGAAGCCAUAUGCUUGCAAUAAGUGUGGCAAAACCUUCAGCCGUAAGUCAACUCUCACUAUCCAUGAGGUAAUUCACACUGGGAAGAAGCCCUAUGAAUGUCAUGAGUGUGGAAAGACAUUUCACCAGAAGUCAAACCUUACCAGUCACCUGAGAACUCACACAGGAGAAAAGCCCUAUGAAUGUAACGAAUGUGGAAAAGCAUUUGGCCAGAAGUCAAACCUCAGAACACAUCAGUGUAUUCACACAGGGGAGAAACCAUAUGAAUGUAAAGAAUGUACUAGAAGUUUCUACCAUAAACCAGCACUCACUAUACAUGAGCGAACUCAUACCGGUGAGAAGCCCUAUGAAUGUAAUGAAUGUGGUAAAACCUUUUGCCAAAAGUCUUACAUCAGGAAGCAUCAGAGAACUCAUACUGGGGAGAAACCCUAUGAGUGUAAUGAUUGUGGAAAAACAUUUGGCCAGAAAUCAUAUCUCAGUAAACAUGAGAUAAUCCAUACUGGGAGAAAACCCUAUGAAUGUAACCAGUGUGGAAUAACCUUUUCCCAGAAAUCAAACCUCAGUAGGCAUCAGAGAACUCACACAGGAGAAAAGCCUUUUGAGUGUAAUGAGUGUGGAAAAACCUUUGGCCAGAAGUCAAGUCUCACAGUCCAUCAGGGAUCGCACAAAGGGCAGAAACCAUAUGAACGACAAUAUAGGAGAAGCUUCUUCCAUUAAGCAUAGUGCACAAGAAAAAUCACACUGGGUAGAAAGCAUAUGAGUGUAAUCAAUGUGGAGAGAACUUUGAGCAGAAUUAAAGGUCAUUAAACAAAAGAUAACUAUACUUGGGAGAAGCCCUACGAAAGAGGAAAAACCUUUUAACAUCAUAGUAGGCAUUACAAAGCUUAUAUGGGAGACAGCUAUGAACAUGGCAUUACUUCCUCAAAAAUCACAUUUCAGUGUGUAAUGGCAAAGUCUUCAUUGCAGAGACUGGGUUAUGUCUCCUAAAACCAUUUUAUUCUGUCUGUAAUGCAGUCUUCAUUUCUGGCUUUAACUUGUUGUGGCCAUCACUGGUUUGGGGCUGUUCUUGGAGAGUACAGACAGGCAUGAGCAUUAUGUCCAGGCCUGGCAACAUAAAAGACAGUGACCAUGUGCUCCUCUAAUUUCUCAUGUCUUUAGAACUGAAGUGCAGGUGACUCGGCAGAUAAAUAAGAAAAGAUCACUGUGGGUUAAGACAAAUGAAGAGAACAAGAUCUUUCCAGCUGUAUCCUUGUACCCUUAAUUUUUUUUAUGAAAGGGAGAAGUAAAUCUCUAUUCUGCUGUUCCA